CGCACUUCGGUGGCAGGAGGGUACUUAAGGCACGGCCACCGGGGCUGCGGCAGUGCGCCCAACAGCGGACUCCGAGACCCGCGGACUCCGAGACCAGCAGACCUCGGCGAACCCUCGCUCGACUCGACCACCCACUCUCGGAACCAUGGCCGCAGUGGCAGCAGCUUCGGCAGAACUGCUCAUCAUUGGCUGGUACAUCUUCCGCGUGCUUCUUCAGACCCUGUCCCCAGUGCGCCCGCGCCCGGCCGGGAACAAAGACUCAGGGGUGCGGCGGUCGCCCGCUGCGGACGAUCCCGACCAACGCGGUGUUCAGGUACUCCCUGCAGAAGCUGGCGCACACGGUGUCCCGGACCGGGCGGCAGGUGAUGGGGGAGCGCAGGCGAGCCCCCAACUGAGGCCCCAAAUCCCAGCCCUGGGCGGCCGUGUCAUCAGGUGCUCCUGUGCUUCUCGACCCGCACAGGAGCCAAUGCCGCGCAGGAAUGGGGGGUCUCCUGUGCUCCCUCGUCAACGGAGCACCUGCCAAGGUCAGUGAGGGGCCGGUAGGCCCCCGGAGAAGCAGCACCGUCAAUGAUGAAAAUAUCAGUUCCCUCCCCAGCCCCUUUGCCCCUCCCACUAUCGGCGGGUGGGAGAGGAGGGGGAAGAGGGGAGCAAACCCUCGAGAUCUGGGCGUAGGCACCACAUUCUGAUCUGGACUAAGUCGGAACAGCACCAUCUCAGCCACAGAAGAGAUCUGACCACAGAGAUCCAACACCCCACCAACCAGCAGAAUGGACAUUCUGACAUCACCAGCGGAAGCCCUGAAUCUCAGUGCAGAAGAGAAAACAUCAACUGCGUGCCCCAUGGCGGGACUGGAGGGCGUGGAUGAGGGAGGAAGAGGGUUAAGAAAUUCAGAGGGGCCCUCUCACUGUCCCUUGCCUAUGGCACACACAUUUCUGCCUUGCUCCCUCAUUCCCCUUCCUUCCAAACACCUCCCCAAAAUGUGUCACCUGAUUCGGACCCAUUUAAACAGUAACUGAAUCCCACCUUCACCAAAACGCCUUCUCCGACCCCCGGGCCUUCACUGAUCUUGCUAUCCCUGAUCUCACGCAGCAGUUGUGAUUAAUAUUGUGGUAGUCGCUAAUUGUACUGGUUUAAGUGUGCAUUAGUUGUGUCUCCCCAGCUAGACUGUAAGCUCCUGGAGAUCAGGGACCACCCUCCCCAAAAAAUAAAAAAUGGACUCUCCUGUCUUGUACAGUCCUAGGACCGUGCAGGGCAGUGGGGGUGCACCAAAAA